AUGUCGAGACGAAAUCAAAAGACUGUUCCCUCCGAAGAUGCAAUAAAAAUGACAAAAGAGCAAGAAGAUGUCGCCAAGUACAUCAGAUUCAAUUGUCCAACUGCCACAACGAUGUUCGAAGGAAAUGAAGUUCAUUACUUCAGUGGAAACAAAGCUGUUGAUACACUGUGGGACUCUAAGUAUGGAAAUAAGGCAAAGAAAGAUCCAAUGUUCAAAACAAGAGACGACUGCUUUCAUUAUAUCUGCGAAUUGAACUCGAAACAGCUCUUCUUCCGUGCCAAAAAGUUGGUUGCCAAAAAGAAGGAAAACAAAGAGAAAGGAAACGAUUCGUCUGUUAAACUGUUGGUACAUGAAAUUCAAUCCUUCGUAGACGAUAAAGACGUUUAUGUUUGGGUGUUCGAUCCAACUCCACUAAUGAAGAAGGUUAUUGGAGUUCUUAUGUUGGUUGGAACGAUUGUCGGUUGCCUCUUCCCACUCUGGCCAGCCUGGCUUCGUCAAGCAGUUUAUUAUAUAUCGAUUUCAGGAAUCGGUAUUUUUGCUGCAAUUAUUGUUACUGCUAUUCUCCGUACGAUAUUAUUCGGAAUCAUCUACGCCGCCACAUUCGGAAAGCAUAAACUGUGGAUCUUGCCAAAUCUCACCGAAGAUUGUGGAGUUUUGGAAUCUUUCCAGCCAUGGUACACCUAUGAGUACUGUGGAGAUGGGAAGAAGAAGGACGACAAAAAAAACAAUAAAGACAAAAAAUCAAAGAAAGAGAAAGAUUCUGAUGCUGAAGAUGAAGAAAAAAAGCCGACUACGGAGCCAAAAGAGAGCGAAGUUGAAGAUAAUGAAGAUGCCGAGAAGUACAGUCAAGCAUCAACAGACGAAAACUACGAGAAAAUUGAUGAUGAGGAAAUUUCCGCACCACCAUCACCAAGUGAAGGUAUUGCUCGAAAGCGACGCCCGGCCAAAGUUUGA